AUGGGAGGUGAAGGAGAAGAUCUAGAGCCGCUUUUUGAUUAUCAUCGUGUUCAGCCAGCGAAUUUCGUUUGCAUUGACGACGACGAUUCUGAUGUCUCGGAGGUUCCGGUUAAGAAGAGAGCAAAAAUUUCCCAAAAGCCAGUUCUAAAGGAGGAUGAAGAUGUGAAAGUGAUUGAAGUAGCAGGUGAUGAUGAUUGGUUGCCUCCUCCACCAAAGGUUAUCUUUGACAAAAAUAAAGAGCCUGGUGAAGAUUCGACCAUUAAAGCAUUGAGAUCCAAGAAAAUGGAGCUCAUGUCAUUCGCGAAAAACGUAGCAGAUGUGAUGCAGGAAGUCGAGGAGUCUGCUAAACGGGAAGUUGAAGAAUCUCUCAAUCCAUCUUCAGAGGCUGCUGAUGUCGCUGCUGCUCAAGCACCAGAAGAGCCUAAGAAUGACAGGGCCAAGAUUGUCAUUACAAUACAGGACAAAAAUGGAAAAAAACAAUUCCGGGUGUAUGCUGAUGAGAAGUUUGAGCGGGUUUUCAAAAUGUAUACUGAUAAAGAAAAGCUUGACCCGCAAAAUAUUGUAUUUAUUUUUGACGGUGACAAGAUCAAUCCAUCGAUGACUCCUUCUAAUCUUGGGAUGGAGGAUGAUGAUAUGAUUGAACUCUUAGCAGACGAAUGCACGCACCUGCAGGUCGCAUCCGUCUACCAAAUCUGGAAUUUCAGUCCGUUCAACUAUUGCGAAAUCCAGAGUUUGUACAUCAACUUGGGCAUGGAAGGGAUCUCUGCUAAGACUGCCGAUGCAGCAAAUCUUUGUCUAAACUGUGAUGCAAAGGUCCAUUCAGCUAAUGCACUCUCAGGGAGACAUUUACGAACACUUUUAUGCGAUUCUUGUAAGAAUCAGCCUUGUGUUGUUCGAUGUCUUGACCACAAAAUGUUUUUGUGUAAUGGAUGCAAUGAUAAGCUCCAUGGUUGUGUCUCCCCUAAGCACAAUAGACGAGAUGUGAGCUGUUACACGAGUUGUCCUUCUGCUAAAGAUUUCGCCGUUAUGUGGGGUUUUCGAGUUACGGAUGAUGAUGUUUCGUUAGAACAAUCUUUUUCAAUGGUUAAACUUAAGGGACAAUCCGUAAUGAACAAGGUGCAAAGAGAAGCUGGUUUCAUCAUCUUGGAACAGAUUCUUGAAUUGGAGAAGAUUCAGCUUAGGGAAGUAAAUGAUGCUUUGUCCUUGACAGAACAAGCUGAUGAUCCAUCUCCAUUAGAGCUUCCGAAGCAAUCUGAAGAUCGGUUAAUCGAUCUUCCUCAGACUGGAAAAGAUCUAAUUGUUGACUUUUCACACUUGUCCUCGUCUUCCACACUUGGUGAUUCCUUUUGGGAAUGCAAAAGUCCAUAUAACAAGAACAGUCAGUUGUGGCAUCAAAAUAUACAAGACAUUGGAGUUUGUGAAGAUACAGUUUGCGAUGACGAUGACUUCCAUAUACCUGACAUUGAUCUCACUUUCCGAAACUUUGAAGAGAUUUUUGGCGCUGAUACAGAUCCGAUUGUAGACAAUAACAAUGUCUUCUUUGCGGGAACAUCAGCCCGCAAAUCAUUUGAGAUGAAGACAUUUUCUUCGCCAUUCAAUAAUUCGAUCUUUUCACCUAAACAAGCAUCCUCAUCUCUUUCAUUCUCAAGAUCUAACGGAGGAGGAGGCAGCGAAGCGCAUUACCCUCACAAUCACUCAGAGGAAGUCAUCUCUUUUUGUUCCCCUCUCUCUAACAACGCAAGACAAAAGGCCAUCUCAAGGCUCAAGGAGAAGAAGAGGGCACGCACAGAGGAGAAAAAAGCUUAG